AGGACCUUACCGGUGAGAAGCACGCUGCUUGUAUCCUACGUGGAACACGCACGCAACGACGCACCUUUACUUCUUGCUCCGCCUCUCCUGCGAAUCUUCCUUUUUAUUGAUCUCUCUGGUUUUCUUUAUACAAGUGCUUUUCAUUGUAUUACUGUACGUAUUUUGCUUCGACUACCACCACCACCUUACUAGUUUUUUUUUGGUUUCCUUUCCUUUCCUUGUUGUUGUUGUCGCUUUGUAUUCAUCAGAAUCUCGUGUACUCGAUCUUAUUUCGUCUGUCUAUUUCCGCUUUGCACCUUCUUUUUUGAGGAGAGGGGUCAUCUCCGAUACGACAACUGUAAAACAAAGAGUUUUUUAUAGAAGGUGUAGAAAAGAGGGGGCAUCGUUGUCGUUUUUCUUUCCUCUGAUCUUCCCUACGUCUUCCUACGUCGUCGUCGAUAUUGGGCCCUUUCAGAUUUCUUUGCCUUUUUUUGUUUUGAUUGCUUUGAUUAUUUAUUUGGCUUUUCUCUCCUCCUCCUCCAUCGCCUACGUUGCGUCCUCGACCGACGUGCAGUACGCAAGAGAAAAAAGCUUUUGCCUUCUCCUCUUCCACCGUCGUUACGCCUCAUCAUUGCUGGUUGCUGCUGUGUGGUUGUUCCUUUGUUUUCAGUUGCUGUCUCUUUGCGUGUGUGUGGCCGUGGUCGGUGGUGCUUCAUACCCUUUGCCCUUCUUAUUUUCUCCUCUUCUUCUGUUCUGCUCUGCCAGCCAAGGUAAUAACGACAUUAAUAGACAUACACUCACAGACGCACACACACACGCACACGCUGUCGCAUCAGCUCGGCGCUGCUCACUGUCGAAAGCAAAUCAAAUCCAUCAGACCGCAUAAAACAAACAAACCAAAAGAAAAGUAAUUAAACCUAAAAACGAAAAACAACGUUAGAUUUACCGAGAGAAGAAUAAAGACAUACCUGACCUCCUAACGGCUCUUCUUCUCUGCAUCAACCAUACAACAAAGAGAUCCGUCUGGAGGAAAAAAGGAAAAGGCUUAUUUCUUUUCGUACAUUCGUAUAUAUCAGUCUAUAUCGCCGCCUCUCCCAACGCCAGAAUUUGCGCUCCUUUUUUUGGUGUUGCUCGUUUUCUUUGUUAUUCUUCUGGUGUUUUCUUGUUUUGUUUUUUUGAAGCUGCUUGCCUCCCUUUUUAACUUACAUUUACAUUUAUUAUCAUUACUAUUAUUAUCUUUACUAUUAUUAUUGCUACGUGUGCAUCCGAGCGAUGGAGCGCAGGUAUCAGUCGUCGUGCUCGUCGCCGCGGUCGCGGUCGGCUCCGAAGGGCGGCCGGUCUCCCCGCAGUCUGAGCUCCUUCUACGCCUUCCCCUCAACCCUGCAGGACAUCCUCUACGGCCCCCGACAGCGCUUGACCAAGUACGCGGAUGGCAUGCGUGUCCUGCCUGCGUCGCCGUCACCGCUGCGCAUCUCAACAGAGAAAGACGAGCUGGAGGACGCGGACAAGGCGGUGGAGGUGGAGGUGGUGGCCCUGUCGAAGGAUAGCAAUGUAGUGGACGCCGCACCGGUCGAUGUGCCGCUGGACAACGACAAAGCUGCUGCGACGGCAGAAGAGCCCGCCUCCGAAUUGGUGAGCGACGCCGCGCAGGAGGACGAUACGCAUGCGGAGGACGCCGUGAAAGCAGAGAUGGCGAUUCCUGGUGAAGCGACUACAGCUACCCCGGUGGUUGCUGCCGCGGAUGAUGCUGCUGCUGCUGAGGCAGUGCAGGACGACGUAGAGGAGAGCGACAGCACGCCGGCACCGGUGGCGGACGAGAAGACAGGUGAGGCGGUCGCAGCAGGUGUGGCAGACGCAGAGGAAGAGAAGAGCGAGCAGCUCACGGCGGGCGAGGAGACGGAGAAGCGGGCGGAUUCGGCCGCUGUUGUUGACGAGUCUCAUCCCUUCAACACCCCAAGCGCGCAUGAAGAAGAAGAGGAAACGAAGUCGGAUGAGAAGGCGAAGGAUGCGGUGGAGCAGCCGGAAGACCUACCGCCGCUGCUCGCCACCGCCGAGUGCAUCGCCUUCGAUCCCGCGCAGGUCGAGGCGUGGAUGUCGGACUGCCGCCACGACACGGCGCACGUCCCGGCGGGCGUCAACGCUUUUGUUCGCAGCUUUGACGCGAUCGCCGCGAAGUUCAACUUGAAGAUCGCCGUUACGGGUGCGGCCUCGUCCACGCUCACGGCUGGUGGGACACCGGGGAAGAAAGGCAAGAAGGGCAGCAGCUUUACAACGGCAGCGAUGGGCGGCGCAAAGGGCGGGGUGAGCGGGUCGCCGAUGGAGCUGGCCGGCCGCGACGGCGGCUUUGGUGGCGCGGUGGCGCCUCAUGCCGGAAGCGGCAACGCUGGGGGGAUCACCCACACCAACGGCGGUGGUGCAGGUGCAGGUGCGAAGAAGUCGAACGCGCUCGAGGCGUUGGGCGAUGUGUGGGAGGGCCGGCAGGAAAUCCCGAUCUCCCUCGCGCCCGGCACCAUCCGCCGCCGCGGUCUCUUCGGCGAGGUGGAGAAGAAGAAGAUCCACCACAUGGUGGUGGCCGUGCUGAACAAGGUCACCACCGACCCGGCGAAGUUCCGCGAGGUGAAAAACGAGCUGCUGCGGCUGCCCAUUCCAGAAGCGAAUGCGGAGCAGCUAACGAAGAUCGUCGACGCCUUCUUCUCCAAGGCGGUGCGUGAGCAGCACUUCAGCCACAGCUACGCCGACCUCAUCGUGGCGCUCUGCAAGGUGCCGCAGGGCCAACACAUCGUCGGGGAUAAGACCCAGAGUUUGGAGUAUCGGCUGCGCGUGGCGCUGCUGAAGCGGUGCCAGUCCGAGUUCGAGCAGAGCGUUUCCGGGGACGGCAACGGCAGCCACGGCACUCCGAAGACGAUCGAAGACGUUACGUCGCCGCUGACGUCGGCCAUUCAACGUGCGGUCGACGCGGGUGGCGAGACAGAGAAGGAGCGGCGAGACCGCAUGUGUGGUAACGUGCGCUUCGUCUGCGAGUUAUUUCUCCGCGACGUCGUCGUCGGCAGCGUGAUCUCCUUCAUCUUCCGCGUGUGCCUUUUGGGCUCCGAGUUCGGCGAGUUUACGACCCCGCCCAACUACACGCCGACGGAGCUGCAGAUCGACGAGGUCAUCACGGCGGUGCGGGCGGUGAAGGACCGCUUCUUUGUGCAGAAGAGCGAAGGACGUCGGAUGCUGCCACUGGUGCUCGGUCAGCUCGCCUACUGGGUCCAGCACUUCCCCGUCAGUCGAUGUCGUUUUGUGCUGAUGUCUACUGUGGAGGACCUACGGACGAUGCUGCCGGCGCCCGAAGUGACCGCCAUUACUUCUGCUGCUCCUGCUGCUGCUGCUGCACCACAGCCUGCCACCGCCAGUUCCGUCACCUCCGAAGGCACGGCGCCGUCCGUGUCGGGCCCUUCAGAGAUGGCGCUGGUGACGACGACGACCACCACCACCACCGCUGCCGUUGCGGCUGCUGUCACCGCUUCCCCAAAUCGUCUGCCGGUGCCACCGGAGGUGUCGGAGUCCAUCUCGGGCAGCCCAAUGGCGGUCACGGUCAGCGUAGGAGACGGCUCGCAGUCGCUCAUGACGUCGACGAUGGUUGGCGGCCAGCCGCUGCCGGCGCCACGGAGCAAACAAACCGGCAACGCGAGUGUGUCGGAUUCGGUCAGCUCCUUGACUGGCACGGCCGCCGUCGUGGAGCCUGCCGUCGUGGAGUCUGCCGUCGUCUCCCCGCUGCUCAGCAUCAUGUUGACUCUCUGCUCUCGUCCCCUUCUCCAGGCGGUUCGACCGGAGGCGAUUGCGAAGUUCAUGGCGGCGCUGUCCAGCGGGCAGUGCACCCCGACGGAGCUGGCGAGGCAGCUCUUUGAUCAGUACGGCAACGUGCUGCCGGUACUCGCCGCGUGGCUGGACCGCUGCCUCUCCGUGACGAAGGAGGAGAAGUCGCGCAUGAAGACCGGCGCGUUGUUCGUCGCCUGCGCGGCGCACCUCACCGCACACCUCUCCCCGACCAGCGCGGAGUGGGCCAAGACGAUGUCGGCCUGCAGAGAGCAGGUGCACGAGGUGGCCAUCGAAGCCCUGCAGCGCGCCAUGGAAGGGAAGCUGCACGAAGACCUCCACAUCUUCCAGUUCUGGGCGCAGCUGGUCCUCUCCGAUCACGACCGGGUUGUGUACGAUGAGGAACUGCUGAACGAAGGACUAGAGCUCGUCGCGUACACGACGCCAACGGCGCUGCGAAACUACCUGGUGGAAGUGAGCAAGUACGUGAACCAGGUACUCGUGAAUCCGGACAGCCUGCCCUGGCACCCGGCGAUGGAGGCACACAGGUUCGUGCGCUUUCGGCCACUACUGGUGCUGCACACUCUCGUGCUGGCCGGUGGGGCGAAGGAGGCGCAGGCAGUGCUGGACAGCGCGCUGAGCUUCGCCGAUGUCCGGAAGCAGUCACUGGAGAUGCGACUCUACUACACCUUCCGCAACGGUGCCGCGUCGCAUGAGAACGUCUUCGAGCAGCUGCGCAAGGAACCGCGACUCACCAGUCGCGACCCCACCUUGGCGGCGGAGGUGCUCAGCGCGAUGCUGAUCACGGAGCUGUGCACGGAGGGCCUGGCCCUGGUGGAGAACAACAUGGACCUGAUUCAGAUCACCGUCGACGGCGUGGACCGGGCCGGGCGCGAGAUCGCGGUCGUGGCUGAGGUGUAUGAGGUGCUGCACUACGCCCCGAAGUCGCUGCCGCGCACCGCGGCCGGGCGUGUGCUGGAGAAGUUUGUGCAGCUUCACAUUUUGUCCGAUGAGACGAUGGACCGCGCCGACCGCUUCUUCGCGACGCAGCGUGAGGGAGUGAUGGAGAAGCCGGAGAAGGAGAGUCGGGUGUUGGAGCCUCCGCCGUCGACGCAGGCGGCGACGGCGGCGGCAGCGGCAGCAGGGGCUGCGUUGGACCUCCCGCGUAUUGCAGAUCACCACACCGGCGAGGAAGCGCUCAGCGCCAGCACCUCGUUGCAUUCCGUUGGCGGGAGCAACACCGGCUGCACGAGCACGAACAACACGAACAACGGCGGCCCCUACGCGUACGGGGGGCACACCAACGUCAGCGGCAGUGCGGAGGGCGCAGUCGUGGACUUCCGCGCGAACACCGUUGGCUCGAAUUCGGUGGAAGGCAUCCCGAGCUCCAGCGCGAGCAGCGUGACGGAGUAUCGCCAGCACAACCCCGAUCAGCUGAGUCGGCACCCGCACCAACACCACAGCAACAGCAACGUCAACACCAGUCACAGCGACGAUCACAGCAACUACGGCGACAGAAGCAGACGCAAGCGGGGGAGCAGCGAGCUGAGCAGCCAGCCGUCGCUGCGGCCGACGUCGCCGUCGCACAGCCACGACGAUGCGAGCAAGCGGCUCUACCGAAACUCCUACAAAAACCGCCGCCGGGGCCAUGAAGGCGGCAGCGAGAUGCCGUCCAGCCGCGGGGAGAGCAAAGAGGUCUCGCCGCCGCAGCCGCCCGUCGCGCACACACCCUCCUCCACCCACGACAACAGCAGCCUCGAAAACAGCCACGUCGGGUCGAACAGCACCAGCCGAUACAACCGUGGAGGACACCACAACAAUAAUAGCAGCAGCAUCACGAGCGGUGGCUCACGCGGUGUCCGUGGCGGUGGACACGCCGAGCGCGGCAGCAGUCGUGGUGGACGCGGCGGACGCAGCGGCGCCAACGUGCACCGCGGCGGUCGUGGUGGGCGAGGCGCACGUGACGACUCGCGGCGCGGAAAUGGCCGGUACAACUCUCGCGGAAGUGGUGGUGGAAGCAGAGACUGA